GGUUGCCUGAUACACUCAUAAAUUCAGCAUUCUGAUGGCAUUUUAGCGUAUGGAGUUUUAGAAAAACAUAAUGUAUUAGACAAAAGUAAAAAUAAAAAUUUCUUAACCAUAAGUUUAUGCAGCGUUUUGGGGGUAGCACGUGGCCCAAGGCAAUUGCCUACCUUUGCCUAAUGGUAAAGUCCGCCCCAUAGGAAACGCCUCGAAAAAGAAACCCAACGAAAACAGUUUUUUUUACGCAUGAGCCCACGCACUGGAACCAUCUUACUGUAUCCGAGACGCCUAGGCAUUUUGAGGACACGACUUCGUUUGAGGGUAACUUUCUUGGACAGUAGUGAUCUAGGACAGAGGAACACCUAGAGCCUAGCUGGUGUCAAAUAUUUACAGUUGAAGAUGUUGCGCUACAUGAUCAUCUGCUCUACUCUUCUCAUGACUGCUGUAACGGUCCAAGCACAAUGUGAGAGACCUGAUGUUGGGGAAAACCGGAUUUUGACUGAAGACCACCAGACUUUUCCUGAUGGAUCCACUGUAAAGUUCAAAUGUUCCACUGGUUAUAUUCCUGUGGAAUCAUCAGCUUCCAGAUCAAUCACCUGUACUGGAACCCAGUGGAGCGACCUUGAACUUCAAUGCAAAAAAAGACCCUGUGGAAGUCCUGGUGAGAUUACCAAUGGAAAGUAUAUAUAUCAACCUACAGACGGAAUUUCGUUUGGUGCAACCAUCACAGCAGAGUGUAAUGAAGGUUAUAUGCUUGUUGGAACACAAACGAGAAAUUGCAGAGAAAAUGGUUGGGAUGGGAGAGCUCCUAUAUGUGAAGUGACGAAGUGUCCAAAGCCUACCGGUAUAACAGAUGGCACUUUUGAACCAGAGGAUGACUCAUAUGAUUAUGGUGAAGCAGUCACAUACUAUUGUAACAGAGGUCUUGAUCUUAUUGGACUUCCAGUAUCAACCUGCUCUAGUAAUGGAACUUUUCAGCCUUCUCCUCCUCGGUGUCUGCGUGUGUCCUGUGAGAGACCGGAAAUCCCAAACUCAGUUAGAAUUGAAGGAAAAUCACCACCUUAUAAAUAUAAAAACUUUGUCCGCUACCAGUGUAAUAAAGGCUACAGAAUGAAUGGGUCUGAUUACCUGACCUGUAAGGAAGAUGGGUGGAAUCCACCUCCUCCUCAGUGCAAUGUUAUUACGUGCUUAAAACCUCCUGAUAUAAAGAACGGAACAUUUAACCCCCAGAAGGAGUUAUAUGAAUACGGAGAAACAGUCACAUGGUCUUGUAAUCAAGGUUUUAGACUUGGUGGAGCUUCAACAAUAUCAUGUACUGAUGAUGGAACAUUUGAGACGUCUCCCCAAUGUCUGGAUAUCACCUGUGAUUCACCAUCUGUCCCAAAUGCGGUUAUCAGUGGAAGCUCACCUUACAGAUAUGGUGUCUCAGUCCAAAUCUCGUGUAAUCAAGGCUACAGAAUAGAGGGGUCUAAUAAGCUGACCUGUGCGGAAAAUGGAUGGACUCCAUCUCUCCCUCGGUGUAUCGAUAUCACCUGUGAUUCACCAUCUGUCCCAAAUGCGGUUAUCAGUGGAAGCUCACCUUACAGAUAUGGUGUCUCAGUCCAAAUCUCGUGUAAUCAAGGCUACAGAAUAGAGGGGUCUAAUAAGCUGACCUGUGCAGAAAAUGGAUGGACUCCAUCUCUCCCUCGGUGUAUCGAUAUCACCUGUGAUUCACCAUCUGUCCCAAAUGCGGUUAUCAGUGGAAGCUCACCUUACAGAUAUGGUGUCUCAGUCCAAAUCUCGUGUAAUCAAGGCUACAGAAUAGAGGGGUCUAAUAAGCUGACCUGUGCGGAAAAUGGAUGGACUCCACCUCCUCCAAAGUGCAACAACGUGAUCUGUGAUAGACCUCAAAUUGAACAUGGAUAUAUUGACAGCACAGCAGAAUAUUUUGUAUAUAAAUCAUCGGUCCGGGUCCACUGUAACCAGAUAUACAAGAUGGAAGGGUCUGAAAACCUGACUUGUGAGGAAAAUGGAUGGAAUCCACCUCCUCCACAGUGCCACCUAAAUGUGAUCUGUGAUAGACCUCAAAUUGAACAUGGAUAUAUUGACAGCACAGAAAAAUAUUUUGUAUAUAAAUCAUCGGUCCGGGUCCACUGUAACAAGAUAUACAAUAUGGAAGGGUCUGAUUACCUGACCUGUGGGGAAAAUGGAUGGAAUCCACCUCCUCCACAGUGCCACUUAAGUACUUAUAUUUGGAUCAUUUUAAUUCUCAUAGGACUGCUGGUUUUAGGUUGUGUCAUUUUCUACAGGUUCAAGAAAAAUAGAAAAAGUAAAGAACCUAAAGUCCGUUCCAAACCUGAAAACUGUUCUCUGGUCAAUGUGUCCUUCAUCAAUCAUACAACAGAGGAAUCUUCACCAAAAGGCAUGUACUGAUGUACCCAUACACAUCCCAGAGUCUCUCCAGCAACGGAGUCUGGCCAAGAUUUGGUUGAGUGUCCAGACACCUUGUUUUAAGGUAUUGAAUAACCUUAGCAUUUAUCUACAAAGAAAAUGUAUGCUUGCUUUUCAAAGCAACGUCUGCUGUAUUCUCUAUUUUUGUAAAACACAGCUGAGUUAUGAGUGACUUCUGACGUUUGUCUUCUUUGCAUUAUGUUUGCACUAAAUUUUUAUAGAAUGUUGAAUCACUGCACUAGGGAGGCACAUUUUAAAGAAUGCAUCCCUUAUUUUCAACAAAAAUUAUUUCCUUAUUUAAUUAUGCCAUGAUUCAUCACAGUCAGUCAGAGAAACUCUCACCUGGAACACCCAGAGCAUAUGUAUAUUGCAUUUGCCACUUUAUGACGUAAUGCAAGGUGAGAUGGAUGCAACUGCAGUAAAAGCUUUAUUAUGAGAGAUGCAGGCAGGCAAAUGCAAAGUGAAGAGGAAUAACACAAAUCCAAAACAGGCAUGGUCAGGCCAGUGGUUUUCAAAGUGGGGGCCACGGCCCCUUGGGGGCCGCCAGGGGGCGCUUGGGGGGCCUCAACAAUUUGGUGUGAAAAAUAAAUUCUCACUCUGACAACCACACACACACACAAUCAAUUCCUAAUGUAAAGAUGUAAUUAUUAAUAAUAAAAAAAGGGGAUAUAUUCAGAAGUGUGUAUUUUGAAUGUGUUUUAAAGACAUCUUGCAAAAUGGGGGCCUCGGUCAAAUGUUAAUGCCAUUUGGGGGGCCUUGCCCUGGAAAGGUUUGGGAACCCCUGGGUCAGGCAAUCAAUAAACAGGUAAAACUAGGCAAAACCAGAAUCAAAUAUCACGAGGGCAAAAGUAGGAUUAAAAAACAUGAAACAAAGAACAUUGAAAUGGCUUAGUACAGAUCAGGCAGCAAAGCAUUGAAAGAAUACUUAACAAUGAGACACGGGGGUUUAAAUAUACAAACCAAUCAGAAGGGGUAACACGGAACAGCUGAUGACAAUGAUGACACAUAAGGGAAACAACCAAUAACGAUACAGGGCUGGAGACAGGACAGAAACCAUAACGAUACACAUGGCAAAGUAAACAAACAUCAUCCUGGAAGUGCGCUGUCGUGCUACGGGCUUAAGAGUGCUGAGCGCUCCUAAACUCAGCGCGAGGGGGAAAAUACCUGACACACUUGAUAUGGAUCAUGGCAGUUAUUUUAAAGAAACGUUUUAUACAUAGACAUAAUCAUACCCUAGCACUUUGGGUCUUCAGUGAAGGUCAAAUUGAUAAAACAGGUAUUUUAAGGUAUUGUCUUAAUCUAUGUCCAUUAACAUGUUUGGUGCAACCUGUGAAGAGCAGCUGAUUACUGGAUGGUUAAAAACUUUAUAUGUACACUGUCUGAGACUUAAUGAGAGCCUUUGUUUGAGACACUGAGCCUUUAAAAAGGUCCUACUAAUAAAUAAAGCAGGUAUACGUGUAUGUAAAGAGAUGUAAGUGAAUUAUAGUGCCUCCUGACUAUCCAUACUGCCUUUAAACAUGGGAACAAAAAAAUGUGUAAGGAUAAUAUUGCAGUAUUUCAUAUGUAAAGAAUAAAACACAACAGGGUGUGCUGUUAUAGGAAAACAAUUAACUACAUGGUGGUUUUUACCCCAAAUAGUAUUAUCCUAUAACUGUUUUAUUCCUUUUAUACCACAGAAUAUGCCAAAGUGUUGAAUUUUUAUUUAUUACAGAAUGACAUUUUUCAUUUACAUGUACUUUAAUUAUUGUGAAACAAGUUACUGUUAUUACUUACAUUAUAGCAGCUAUACACAGCUUGUUAACAAGAAACCACAAGUCCUAAAGACUUUCCUGUGAUGGAAAACUUACUGACUUUUACAAAGAGUCUAUAAAUGUUAAAUAAACAUCACCUUACUGAAAGCUUCUUUAUAUCAAUGAUUAAAUGUUUUCUGUGUUUAGUAAAACCAAGCUUUUUAUUCAUUUAUUAUUAGGCUUAAAUUCUGUAUAGCGUCAGCCAUGUAAGUCAAUGUGACUGAGCUGUUAGUGUAUGUAUGUGUAUAUAUAUAUAUAUAUAAAAACCCAACAACUUAUCAGAGCAAGUGCGUUAAUAUAAACCUGUGAUUUGCCUUAACAGCCGGUACUAAGGUUAGAGCUACUGUUAUAGACAAUUAAUCAACUCCUUCUGAACUAUCCAAAUCAAGAAUUCAACUGUCAUGUGAUUUGAUGUAAUAUACAACUAUAUCUGCUUUGUUAUAAUAAUAUACAGUGCCUUCCACUAAUAUUGGCACCCUUCGUAAAUAUGAGCAAAGAAGGCUGUGAAAAAUUGUCUUUAUUGUUUAACCUUUUGCUCUUUUGUUCAAAAUAUUCACAGAAAUUCGCUGCACUCAUGGAUAUCAAACAAUUGCAAACAAAACACACGUUGAUUAAAAAAAAAAGGUUAAAUAUAGGUGUGCAACAAUUAUUGGCACCCUUUAGUCAAUACUUUGUGCUACCUCCCAGAUAACAGCUCUGAUUCUUCUCCUAUAAUGCCUGAUGAGGAUCCGAGAACAUUUCUCCAUACAGAAUCUCUCCAGAUCCUUCAAAUUUCAAGGUCCACGCUGAUGGACUCUCCUCAGUUAGCUCACCCCACAGGUUUUCUAUGGGGUUCAGGUCAGGGGACUGGGAUGGCCAUGGCAGGACCUUGAUUUUGUGGUCAGUAAACCAUUUUUGAGUUGAUUUUGAUGUAUGUUUUGGAUCAUUGUCCUGCUGGAAGAUCCAACCAAGCCCCAUUAUAAGUUUUCUGGCAGAGGCAGUCAGGUUUUCAUUUAAUAUCUGUUGAUAUUUGAUAGAGUCCAUGAUGCCCUGUAGCCUAACAAAAAAUCAAUGGGAAUAUACUUCAAAUAUAUUUUUCUCAUAUGAAUUCAUAGGUGUGCCAAUAAUUGUUGCACACCUAUAUUUAACAAAAUAAACCUUUGUUGCGUUUGCAGUUGUUUGAUAUCCUUUAGAGCAGAGUAUUUUUGUGAAUUGAACAAAAGAUCAAAAGGUUAAAAAAUAAAGACAACUUUUCACAGCUUUCUUUGCUCAUAUUUACCACGGGUGCCAAUAUUAGUGGAGGGCAUUUUAGUAGCACAGCAUUGACUUUGUGACCAUAGUGUUUUGUUACACGUUUUUUCCUCCUCUGUAAAUUCUUUUUGUAUCUACAUACAAAAUAAGAAACCAAAAAUUGUUUUUACAUCACUUAAACUGCAUCAAGCUGAUGUUUUAUUAGAAUGAAGAAUUACCUGAAAAUUUGUAAAUUUGUAUAUGAAAUAAUGUUUCAUGUUGUAUCCAAUGGAUUGGGCCAUAAUUAAUAAUGAGGAAUUAUUAUUAUUUAUUUUUAAAUACUGUUUUGCUGUCACAUUGCACUAAUGUAAUUGCUCUGUAAAAAAAAAAACAUAGCUUGAAAAAAAAUUGUUUGUGCUGAUAUUACUUAAUAAAUUUUCUUUAAUACA